UUAAAUUUUCUGGUUUCAUAUUGAGAAUUGGUCUUUAGAGAAAUAAUGAAUUGGCUAUAGGACAUUGUUUUUAAAAUUCAGUAUUUAUCGCUGGUGGAAGUCUCUCAUCCAUGUGCCUGAAUUAAUCUGUGUAGACCUUCAUAAGCUGCAAAAAGGUAUUCCAGCAGCUCCUAAUCCAAAGGACAUGUCUCUCAUAAGGGAUCCUGUCUCUGCCAGCCUUGUGAGGAUUUCCUCAACGCCUUAUUUAGCCCUAGACACCUCUGUUUAGCCUAUAAUGCUCCCCUACCUUGUUUAAGUCUUGAUAUAGUGCCUGCUAAAUGUAAUAAGAGUCUUUUUAGUUCCUGAGAGUUUCUGAUUUACAUGUGGUCACCUACCUUGUCUUAUGCUAAAGAACAAUGGCCAGUUGUCCUGGUUUUGACUGAAAGAGACUUAUUUUUCUUCCUAGUAGCUGGUGCAGUGCUGUGUUUAGGCUUCAAUCUGAGAACAAUGCUGAUAACACGUCAAUGUUUUAGUUGUUGUUCAGUAGCACUUACCCUGAUCAAGGACUUUUCCGUCUCUCAUGCUCUGCCAGUGGUGAGGCGAACGGAAAGCCGGGAGGAAGCAGAGACAGGACACCUGACCCGAAAUAGCCAAAGGGGUAUUCCAUACCACAGCAUGUCAUGCCCAGUAUACAAACUGGGCGGAGUUACCCAGAAGGGUCUGAUCGCUGCUUGGGUCGGGCUGGGCAUCAGUCAGCAAGUGGGUUGGAAUAUCAACAUGGAAAACAGUGUCGAUAUCAAGAUGGAAAACAAGGGGGAAAGAAACCCAGUAAAGCAAAAUCCACUGAUCAAAGCUGUGAAGAGGUUCUGCAGAGGUGUUGGGUACCUCACUGGAGACAUGAAGGAAUUUGGAUCCUGGUUAAAAGAUAAAACUCUCAUGAUCCAGUUUGUUGACUGGGUGCUGCGUGCAAUAUCCCAGGUGAUGUUUGUCAACAAUCCCAUCAGUGGGAUCAUCAUUGUUGCUGGCUUCCUGAUGCAGAACCCAUGGUGGACACUCACAGGCUGUUUAGGAACUGUUGUCUCCACUUUAACAGCACUUAUUCUGGGUCAGGAUAGAUCAGCCGUAGCAGCAGGCCUGUAUGGCUACAAUGGGCUCUUGGUGGGAUUGCUCAUGGCUGUCUUCUCUGAUAAGGGAGACUAUCACUGGUGGCUUCUACUGCCUGUAGUACUGCUGUCCAUGACAUGCCCUAUUUUCACCAGUGCUUUACAGUCAGUCUUCUCUAAGUGGGAUCUGCCUGUUCUCACCUUGCCUUUCAACUUGGCCUUGACUCUAUACCUGGCUGCAUCAGGACCACAUAACCUCUUCUUCCCUGCAAUUGUCAUUCAGCCUGCAACAACACCACCAAACAUCACCUGGACAGAUGCUGAACUGCCAAUGCUCCUGCAAUCCAUUCCAGUCGGAGUGGGUCAGGUUUAUGGCUGUGAUAACCCCUGGACUGGGGGAAUCUUCCUGAUAGCUUUAUUUAUCUCUUCUCCUCUUACUUGUCUGCAUGCAGCAAUUGGAUCAGCAGUAGGGAUGCUGGCAGCACUGAGCUUAGCAACACCUUUCAGCAAAAUCUACUCUGGCUUGUGGGGCUACAACAGCUCCCUCUCAUGCAUUGCCAUUGGAGGCAUGUUCUACGCUUUCACAUGGCAGACACAUUUGCUGGCGAUUGCCUGUGCACUCUUCAGUGCCUACCUGGGAGCAGCAGUAACUAACAUGUUGUCUGUGUUUGGGGUACCAUCAGGAACCUGGGCUUUUUGCUUGUCUGCACUGACCUUCCUGUUAAUAACCACAAACAACUCUGCCAUCUACAAGCUGCCACUCUCCAAAGUCACCUAUCCAGAAGCCAAUCGAGUUUAUUACCUGAAGAUGAAGAAACAUCAGAGAUCUUGCUGUAACGUAUGAAAACCCAAGAAGAGAGAUACUUCACGGAUUUUAAGGCAAGAGUACAGCGUGUUU